CAAGAAACUAUCUUCGGCUCGAAGUCAUAACUUAUAAAUAAAUAAUUUUAUUUUAAAUUCAAUUCAUUUAUGUAGAAGCGGUGGUCGGAUUUCUGCAUUUCGUCUAACUUCCUCUCCAAUCGCUCCAGUUAGUCCGCUUUGAACGAUUUCCACCAUUCAAUGGCAUCUAGUUCUCACAAAGGCAGCAAUUACUAUGGUGCUGGUUCAUAUAGAUCAAGAGAAGGGCUUAGCACUAGACCUGUUACUAAUUCUGAUGAAAUCCAGCUUCGCAUUGAUCCAGUUCAUGCUGACCUGGAUGAUCAGAUUGGUGGCCUCUACAAACAAGUUAGACAGUUAAAGAAUGUAGCCACAGAGAUUGAGUUAGAAGCCAAAAAUCAAAAUGAGUUUAUCAAUCAACUGCAAAUGACAUUAAUAAAAGCUCAAGCAGGGGUGAAGAACAACAUGAGGAAAUUAAACAAGAGUAUCAUUCAAUCAGGAGCAAACCAUGUUCUUCAUGUUGUUCUCUUUGCACUAUUUUGUGUUUUUCUCGUUUACAUGUGGUCAAAAUUUUGAAGAUGAGGUUUCUUUUUACACCAUGAAUUAAGUUUUGAUGGAAAUUGAAAGCACAGUUUUAACAAAUAGACCAUUUGUGACUUGAAAAAAAUAUUAAAAAGAUUUUGGCAGUGUUUGUUUUUAUAGAGAA